AAAGGCUGGUGUGUAGAAUGCAUCGAAGGUAUUGGAGGUGUUGAUAUAUAUUCCCUCACAUUCGCGCUGUCAACCCGAGCCGAGCACAGCCAAGACCGAAGCCGACCAACUCGCGCUCAAGCAUCUUCUACUCGACUUACUCAGUCUUGCCCUUGCCUCCCUCACAGUCAUCAUGUUCGUCGUCUUGGUAGGAACUCCCGGAUCAGGGAAAGAUACCAUCGCCCGUUACCUGGAGAGCAAGCACGGAUUCCUCAGAGUAGGAACAGAAGCCACCGGCAAAGCGGGACAACCAUCGACUGUGACCACCAAAGAGUACCCUUUUCCAUCGAGAAACUAUCUCCUCAACCACAUCACCCAGAACUGGAAGUCGGAUUUUGUCACGACAUGCCUCACUACCGAGGCAGAGCUCCUUCCUUUCAUCAAAAGGCCGUCGGUACUCGUCGUAGCCGUGGAUGGUCCUGUGAUGGCGAGGUGGAAGCGAAAGAAGAGCAAAGCUACCGAGGAUGAGCCGUCGAUCUCGCUGGAAGACUUUGUCUCACAACAUGACGAUCUCAUGAACUCGGCUACAUCCCGUGAACCGACUACCUCGGAGAUCCCAACGACCACGCCGAAAAACUGUCUUCGAGCGCUCAUGUCGCACGCACACUUGACGAUCAUGAACAGCUUCGAAACCAUACCGGACCUUGAGAAGCAUCUGGACGAGAUCAACCUGCUCGAUCCUGAGCGGUUGAGACCGGGUUGGGAUGGGUACUUUAUGACCCUGGCUUGCCUAGCAUCACUGCGAUCAAACUGCAUGAAACGUCGAGUCGGAGCCAUCCUCGUCCGGAGCAAACGGAUACUGAGCACAGGGUACAACGGAACGCCGAGAGGGGUUAAGAACUGUAAUGACGGGGGAUGUAAACGGUGCAAUACGGCCAGUCGGGGUGGAGAAGGUCUCGACGGCUGUUUGUGUUUACAUGCCGAGGAGAAUGCCCUUCUCGAGGCGGGCCGAGAACGGAUAGGUGAAGACAGCGUGAUCUACUGCAAUACAUGUCCUUGCUUGACCUGCUCCGUCAAGAUCGUUCAAUGCGGCGUGAGAGAGGUUGUGUACAACCUGUCCUACGCGAUGGAAGAGGCAUCGGCCAAGAUUUUGGAGGAAGGCGGGGUGAAAUUGAGGAAGAUGGAAGUGCGGAGGGAGGUUGUAUAGGGUAUGAUCGUGUUGUUUAUAUGGAUCAUACCUCGUUAGUUAUCCCAGCAUUCGAAACCAGGCUUGUUUCAGGUGUUGGCGAUACUCAAUGAGCAUGUCCAUCUGACCAGUAUACUACAG